AGCGUUCCUCUCGGCUGUCCUCUGUCCUGUCCUGUCCUGCUGCUGGAGCUCCUCCCCCUGUCCUCGCUGCCUGCCCUGCCGACCUUCCUUCUUCUUCUUCUUCUUCUCCCUCAACCACCCCCGCAUCGGAGCAAGCAGCUACCUAGGGUUUCCCUUGCCGGGGAUGGAUGCUUAGGAAGGCGGCUCAGGGAAUCUUCAAGAGGACCAAGCUGAGCGGCGGCGAUGAGCGCGUCUCGGUUCAUCAAGUGCGUCACGGUGGGGGACGGCGCGGUGGGCAAGACCUGCCUGCUCAUCUCCUACACCUCCAACACCUUCCCCACGGAUUACGUUCCGACUGUUUUCGAUAACUUCAGUGCUAACGUUGUGGUCGACGGGAGCACCGUCAACUUGGGCCUGUGGGAUACAGCAGGACAGGAAGACUAUAAUAGACUGCGCCCACUAAGCUAUCGUGGCGCUGAUGUAUUUCUGCUGGCCUUUUCUCUUAUCAGCAAAGCAAGCUAUGAGAAUGUUUCUAAAAAGUGGCUGCCUGAAUUAAGGCACUAUUCCCCUGGUGUGCCCAUAAUUCUUGUUGGGACAAAGCUUGAUCUGCGGGAAGACAAGCAGUUUUUCAUAGAUCACCCUGGUGCGGUUCCUAUUUCCACUGCUCAGGGUGAGGAGCUGAAGAAGGUAAUUGGUGCCACAGCCUACAUCGAGUGCAGCUCGAAAACACAGCAGAACAUUAAGGCAGUGUUCGAUGCGGCGAUUAAGGUGGUCCUCCAGCCUCCAAAGCAAAAGAAGAAGAGGCGGAAGGCCCAGAAAGGAUGCACCAUUCUGUAACUAGAUUGUAGACCGAGAUGAGGAGAUGGUAUCCCUUGUUUUGCAGCCUCUUGCUUCAAAAGAGGAUCACCAUCAUUCAUCGCCUCGUCCUCUUUGUUGUAUACUAGAACCAAUAUUUGGCUUGAUAAGCUAUGUAGCGAGGCCAUGUCAUUUGAGAUCCAAACUUGGUUUGUAGCUAGCUAGUGUGCUACUGUACCUGUUUUAUGGAUGAAAAACGGAUGGAUUUGUUAUAUAGCUGUUUGCCA